CAACAUCUCUCUCAGUUCCGCGCUUUGUUAGCUAGCCGCUAAUGCUAACGCUAACGCCAGCCCGCUCAGCAGCGCUGGUGUGCUGAUGCCAUGGGAAACACGGCUGUUCGGCUUUUAUACACAUUAAAUAACGAGUGGCUUGUAAAGUGUGAGAAAAUACCGACAGCGGUUUCAUAAACAAUGCCAAAUUUUUGCGCGGCCCCGAACUGCACCAGGAAAAGCACUCAGUCUGAUUUGGCUUUCUUUAGGUUUCCGAGAGAUCCUGAGAGAUGUAGGCUGUGGGUGGAGAACUGUCGGCGUGCAGAUCUUGAAGAGAAAACACCUGACCAGUUGAACAAACACUAUCGACUAUGUGCAAAGCAUUUCGAACCCACAAUGAUAUGUAAAACCAGCCCAUAUAGGACCGUAUUGCGGGAUACUGCUAUUCCCACGAUUUUUGAUUUAACUAGCCACUUGAGCAAUCCACACAGCAGACAUCGCAAACGCAUCAAAGUUUUGACAGAUGAAGAAGUACGGAAAAUCAAAGAGAGAAGAUUAGAGUCUUCGAUAGAACAGCUGCUCUCCAAAAAGGACAAAAGCGAUGGUCAAGAUGACACUGAGACUAAUGAUGACAUGCCUCAGCUGACUGCACACCAGAAGGAGCUACGAGAGUUUUUAAGAUCCUUGUUUGAAGUGAUCAUUCUAAUAGGAAAGCAGAACUUUCCACUCAGUAGCCACUCAAAUGAUGGUCCAGAAAAGAACUCCAUCAUGAGCACCUUUCAGGCUCUCGUGGAAAACCGCAUCAAUGCUGGCGACGAGUUUCUUAGAGGGAGGUUUGAAGCUUCACCUGUUAAUGAGGAAUAUUGCCCAGCCUCCCAGCAGAGGCAGCUGCUGGAGGUGUCUGAGAGAUGUGUUCGUGAGGAGCUGCUCCAAGAGGUUCGAGAAAGCCGGUUCUUCUCACUGGUUACCGGAGAGCUGGUGGAGUUUCCCGAGGGCCAGCAUCUCCCAGUGUUCUUGCGUUUUGUGGACCAGACAAACACGCUCAGGGAGGAGUUUAUAGAGUUCCUCUCCUUUGAUGGAGAGGAACUCUCUAUGGCAGAUAAGCUGGAGUAUCACGUUACAAAGGCGUGGGGCCUCAGCAUGGAGGACUGUAGAGGCCAAGCACAUGCUGGCUUUGGUGUCCUUGGCAACAGGAUGAAAGCCAUAGCUACCCAGCUGAUGGACAAAUAUCCAAUGGCUGUGAAUAGCCCUUGCUCUACCUGUGCCCUUAACGUGCACUUAGCUAACAGCAUUCCUCUGACCGGUGUUCAGGUGGUGAUCUCGGUUCUUAAAAAAGCUGAUGGAUUUUUCAAGGCUACCCCACAACUUCAGGCUGAACUUGACAACGCCAUCUCCAUUCUCUGUCAGGGCAACGAAGACAGAGCCAGUGACCUCAAAGAGAGCUCUCGUGCAAUCUGGACGGACCUGCAUAACGUGUUUGAGAUGGCCGUCGACCUGCUGGAGCCUCUCCUGCUCUGCAUGGACAGUGUGCAUGACAAUGAAGACUUGAAGUGGAACGACCAAAUCACUAGUGAUGCUUACGCGAUCUCCGAGGCUCUGGCUGACUUUGAGUUUGUCGUCACCCUGGUUGUGCUCAAAAACGCUCUCUCUUUCACGAGAGCGUUUGGCAAAAACCUACAAGGAGAGACCCUCGAUGUGUUCUUUGCAGCCAAUAGUCUAACGGCGGUCCUGCAUUCUCUGCAUGAGGUCAUAGACAAUAUUGAGGUUUACCAUGAGUUCUGGUUUGAGGAAGCAGUGCAUCUUGCCAUGGCUAUGGAGAUCCCUGUCAAAGUCCCCCGGCUUUUCCUCAGGAAGCAAAGGGCGGUGGAAACUUUGGAAAUUCAGGCCGAGUCUUUCUUCAAAGAAUACCUGACAGUUCCGGUCAUGGAGUACGUCAUUCAGGAAAUUAAGGACAUCUUCACAGAGAACCAUCUCAAGGCUCUCAAGUGUCUGUCUCUCGUUCCAGCGGUCAUGGGCCAGAUGAAGUUUAAUACAUCAGAGGAGGCUCAUGCGGACGUGUUCAGGAGCGAUCUUCCCCACCCGGAUACGCUGCCCGCGGAGCUACACUGUUGGCGGAUCAAGUGGAAGCACAGGGGAAAGGAGGUCAGCCUUCCCUGCACCAUCCACGAGACGCUGCACCACUCCGAUGUCAAGUUCUUCCCGAACGUCAACGCAUUUCUGAAGAUCCUGGCCUCGUUGCCGGUGCUGAAGCUGGCUGGUGGCCAGGGAGAGACCGGCCAGAGACGCUUGAAGGCCUACCUUCUAGACACACCAUUGAGCCACAGGUCCAAGAACCUGGCUAUGCUUAAUAUCAACUAUCACAUAAAAAUGGAUCUGGAGGAAAUGGUUGAAUGUUACAUCAAAAAUUAUCCAGAGGAUGGAAAUGAUUAAAAAAAGCAGAAGGAAAAAAGAGUGACAUCACACGGAGCCGACCAGUCCGUCCCAGUCUUGUAAAGCGUGUGUAUGAGAUGAGGUCAAGGUAGCUUAAUGGAGUUAUAUUUUUUAACUGCUGUACAUAUAUUUUUUCUGUAUUUAUCUUGUCCUAUAGACACAUUAGAACAUUGUUUUAUACUGCUUUUGUGUUGAUCUUCCAGGCCUGAGUUUAUUUAAUCUGAUAACCGCAGUAUGAAUUAUGUUGGAAUCUUGUUUUAGUUCAGUCUGAAGCAGGAUGGCAGGUAUUGCAGUCUCUUUGUAAUUCUCCAAAUAAUUUAAAGUGUAAGUAAAUGUAACUGCAUUUUAAUGCAGAGUUCCGAGAGUCUUUGGAUGCCUUAGAUUGAUAUGUUAGCAUGAGGUAGUACAGAGAGCAAAUUCACUAAAAUAUAAGAUAUUACACAAACUUGAACUUUUAUGGUUGAAGUGGUUAACCACUGUGUGUGUGUGGUAGACCGACUGGUCCUGUACUGAAGGAGAGUACGUAGUCUACGCUUUAUUGCCUUUAAUGUAAAUAAUACAUUAUCUAGGUUUUGUUCAAUGUAUUCUUAAUCUCAUGAUUUUUUGUGCGUAAUAUAUCCUGACAGGAAGUUGAUCACACCCGUGUGACAUGUUUUGACAUUUUUACACAAGGAAAAUUAUCAGAGUAGUAAAUUUACUCCGAAUUAAAUGUAAUCUGCAUUUCUUCUUAGUCCCUGUUUGUUAUUAAAGGGAUGAAUUGUGGCGUUUCAUUACCUCUGCCUACAAACCCUGUUGUUGCAAAUGAGUUAUUCAGAUGCUGAAUUGGUGUUUGUUUUAUUUUUUUUUAUAAAUAAAAUGAAUUACUAAAAAAUUA